GGCAGCAAGGCGACGCCCGUCGACUAGUUUGAAGUGCUUUUCAGUUUGCUGCGAGUCGUGAUUGUGUCAAAUACUCGCGUGUCUCAAGUUUGCUGUUUCGGGGCUAAACGCGGAGGUUGAGAAAAAAUGUCGCCGAAAAAUUUGGCUGUCAACUCGGGAGGGAUGGAGAACCAGCAGGUAUGGGUCAGGGACCCAAAGGAGGGUUUCAUCAUCGGCAAAUUCGUCGACAUGAUCGAUGGUGACGCUCUGAUCAAACCCCUCGACGCCAAGCUUCCUCAACGGACAUGUCCUUUGGACGAGGUUUACCCGGCUGGCGAGUACACUGCGGACGUUGAGGACAACUGUGCUCUGAUGUAUCUUAACGAGGCGACACUGUUGAACAACAUCCGCACGAGAUACUUCAAGGACAAGAUAUACUCAUACGUCGCCAAUAUUCUCAUCGCCGUUAAUCCCUACUACGAAAUGAAAGAUCUCUACUCCACAAAGACACUCAGGUCUUACCAAGGAAAGUCCUUGGGUGAAACUCCACCUCAUGUUUUUGCAAUCGCUGACAAAGCCUUUCGGGACAUGAAAGUCCUGAAACAAUCUCAGAGCAUCAUAGUGUCCGGUGAAUCUGGAGCGGGAAAAACUGAAUCCACCAAAUAUUUGCUCCGGUACUUGUGCGACCUUUGGGGCUCCACCGCAGGACCUAUUGAACAGAAAAUUCUUGACGCCAACCCAGUUUUGGAAGCGUUUGGAAACGCGAAGACUAAGCGAAACAACAACAGUUCUCGAUUCGGGAAAUUCAUGGAGGUUCACUUCGACGCCAAGUGUCAGGUCGUGGGUGGCUACAUAUCUCACUAUCUACUAGAGAAAUCGCGAGUCUGUCUGCAGAGUUCGGACGAGAGAAACUACCACGUUUUUUACAUGAUGUGCGCCGGAGCACCGGCUGACCUCAGAGCGAAACUCGGCAUUACUAAGCCUGACGAUUUUCAAUACCUAAAGAAUGGUUGCGGACAGUACUUCUGCAGCUCUUCUUCAGAGAAGAAGUUAAACAACGCUCAGAAGAGCAAGGACCAAAUCAGUAAGGGCAGUCUCAGGGAUCCGAUACUCGAUGACGUUGAAGGAUUCACAGCAAUGGACCAGGCUUUGACGAGGCUGGGUUUGACGGACGUCGAACGGAUGGAAAUCUAUACGAUGGUGGCGGCCGUUCUCCACCUCGGCAAUAUCACCUUCGAGGACAAUCCGGAGGACACGAAGGGCGGAUCGAGGAUCACAGCAGACUCUGAAAAAUCUGUUUUAACCACCGCAACUCUACUAGGCGUCGACGCUGACGAAUUGAGGCAGGCUCUGGUCUCCAAAGUAAUGCAAACCAGUCGCGGCGGUAUCAAGGGAACGGUUAUCAUGGUGCCACUGAAGGUCUACGAGGCCUGCAGCGGACGCGACGCGCUUGCCAAAGCGAUUUACAGCAAACUCUUCGACCAUAUUGUCUCACGCAUCAACAAGAGCAUUCCAUUCAAGGCUUCCAGCUACUACAUUGGAGUUCUCGACAUCGCCGGAUUUGAGUACUUCCGAGUCAACAGCUUCGAACAAUUUUGCAUAAAUUACUGCAAUGAGAAACUUCAGCAAUUUUUCAACGAAAAAAUUCUCAAGUAUGAACAGGAUCUCUACGCCAGAGAGGCGCUCAAUGUACCAAAGAUUUCUUACGUAGACAAUCAGGAUUGCAUCGAUCUCAUCGAAUCGAAGAACGGUGGAAUAUUCAGUCUACUUGACGAGGAAUCAAAGCUUCCGAAGCACAGCUUCGCCCACUUCACGAGCGAAGUUCACAGGUCUUGGAGUGGACACUUCAGGAUCACGUUACCUCGUACUUCACGGCUCAAGGCUCACAGGGAACUCAGAGACGAUGAAGGAUUCGUGAUCAGACAUUACGCCGGUGGCGUUUGUUAUCAAACGAAUCAAUUUAUCGAGAAGAAUAACGACGCUCUUCACGCGUCUUUGGAGGGUCUGAUUCAGGAGAGCAGCAACUCGUUCUUGAGGACGAAUUUUGCAAACAACACUUGUCCGAAGGGUAAAUUGACGUUCAUCAGUGUCGGUAGUAAGUUCAAGACUCAGCUAGGUGAACUGAUGGACAAGCUUAAGAACAACGGCACGAAUUUCGUCCGUUGUAUUAAACCGAAUAACGAGAUGGUCGACCACCGAUUCGAUGGCAACAGUAUUCUCGGUCAGUUACGAUGUUCCGGAAUGACUUCGGUCCUUGAGCUCAUGGAGCAUGGCUACCCAAGCAGAGUACCUUUCCAGGAACUCUACAGUAUGUACAAAAUGUAUCUGCCUCCGGAGUUGGUCAAGCUGGAUCCAAGAUUCUUCUGCGAGGCGCUGCUGUACAGUCUGAAGCUGAACCAGAAGGACUUCAAGUUCGGGAUAACGAGAGUGUUCUUCAAACCGGGAAAAUUCGCAGAGUUUGACAGGGUGAUGAAGUCCGAUCCUGAGAACCUGAAGAAGCUUGUCGCGAACGUCAAGAAGUGGCUCGUCAAGUCCAGGUGGAUCAAGGUCCAGUUCUGCGCCCUUUCUGUCAUCAAGUUGAAAAAUAAGAUUCUUUACCGACGACACCACCUCAUCAUGAUUCAAAAAACGGUCCGCAUGUACCUCGCUAAAAAGCAACACCAGCCUAGAAUCGAGGGAAUUAUAAAGAUACGGAACCUAACUAAGCAGCUGGCUGACAUGGAGCAGACGGCGAAUCAGCUCAAGUCGUCAAAGGACAGCAGCUUGAAGGAUAUUAAGAAAUUGAACGCCGAGCUGGAAGCUGCCAGGGUGAAGAUCAAGAGCAAUACGAAAAUCAAGAAACAGGAGAUCGACAAACUGGUCGCAAAUCUCGUCAGUCUUAUGGACAAACAAAUGAAGGGACUCCAGGAGACUGUGAAGAAGCAGAAGAUCGCUGAGGAGCAGGAGAAGCUUAGGAAAAUUCAGGAGGCUAUGGAGUUGGAGAAGCGAAGAAAGGAGGAAGCGGAGAGGAAGCAGCGCGAGGAGGAGGAGAAUAGGCGAAAGAAAGCAGAAAUGGAAGCUCGAAGAAAGGCCGAGGAGGAAGAGAGGAAGAAGCAGGAAGUGGAGAACGAAAAGGCGGCUGCAGCCAUUCAGGCUCAAAUCGACAAAGAAAUGAUGGAGGAAAGUCGAUUCCGCGAACAACUUGAACAAGAGAGAAGAGACCACGAAUUGGCGGUUAGACUGGCUCAGGAGUCCAAUGGCCAAGUGGAAGACUCUCCGCCACCGAUCCGAAGCGGGUCAGAUGUACGAGGACCUCCGAUCAACAACAACAAACUGAUAAGAUCAGAGAACGUGCGAAAUCACCAGGCCGCAAUGAGCAAUAAGAAAUACGAUCUCUCCAAGUGGAAGUACUCCGAGUUACGUGACACGAUUAACACCUCGUGCGACAUAGAACUCCUCGAGGCCUGCCGUCACGAGUUCCACCGCAGAUUGAAGGUAUAUCACGCCUGGAAGGCGAGAAAUCGCAGACGCACGACUAUGGACGAGAACGAAAGAGCACCCAAAGCAAUAAUGGAUGCUGCGGCGAGAGCUCCGAAGACUCCGAUGAAGCAGGCGAUCACCGAAUCCUCCCAGAGAUUUUUCCGCAUUCCAUUUGUCAGGCCGCAGGCUGUUGGACAGCCGGAAAACCCGUACAGUGCCGGAAAACGCGGAUGGUGGUACGCCCAUUUCGAUGGACAGUAUGUAGCCAGGCAGAUGGAACUUCACCCCGACAAACCGCCGAUUCUCCUCGUUGCUGGUGUUGACGACAUGCAGAUGUGCGAACUGAGUCUCGAUGAAACGGGUUUGACGCGAAAACGUGGUGCAGAAAUACUCGAACACGAGUUCAAUAAGGAGUGGGAAAGAAACGGAGGAAAACCGUACACGAUUCCGAGUGAGCGUACCAAGUGAAAUGCGUUGAACGGCUGAUAACUUAUUGCGGAAAGGAAAAGGAGUAGGUAAAGGAAUAAUG